ACAUGAGAAAAACAAAGCGAAAAUCAUAGUCUUUGAAACAAAAAAAAAAAUAACCGAAAAUCAUAGACACAAAAUGGCUAUCAGCAAGAAAAUGUUAACUGUAUUUGUCCUCACUAUCCUCUUAGCCGUAUCUUUUGUCCAUUGCUCCGAUAGAACCUCUGGUUUUGGUAUAAAUCAAGAGUAUGCAAAAUGCUACGACCUAGCUGAUUGUCAAAAACCCAAAGUGGACGAUGCGGCAUGCGAGAGGUUUUGUGGAGCUAAAAGCUUUUUAUUAUAUGGUAGAUGUGAUGUUGCUACCAACAAAUGUUGUUGUAAGUCUAAGACGAAAUAAUCUAUUCGCAUAUAUGUAUCCGGUUGACAAAGAGCAUCAUUAGAUUCAUAUGGUUUUGAUCAUCAAUCAAUAAAAGAGAUCGAGAGUGAAAUACACAAACCCUACCAAUUAAAAUUAGCUUGAUUAAACCGGAGCGAUUAUAUUGAUUACAUCAUAACAAAUAUUGAAAUAUGAAUAAGCAGAUAAUGGGAUCAUUACUUUGA